AUGAGCUCGCUGGCUGCAGGUAUGGCGAUUGGGGUAGUCGGAGAUGCCGGAGUGAGAGCGAAUGCCCAGGAGCCGAGACUUUUUGUGGGCAUGAUUUUGAUCCUGAUCUUCGCCGAGGCGUUGGGCCUGUACGGCCUCAUCGUGGGCCUGGUCGUAGCAUCCACGGCCGAGGGCAAAGGGCGGGUCGCCCAGAGCUUGAGUGGACGCCCGGGAUGGGCGAGGGAUGCCGAGACAGCGGUACCCGCGAUGCUUCAAGGUGUCUGGCCGGAGGAGCUGCUCCAGGAUCCAACCAGACGACCACGGUAUGUCACGACGGCCGAGGAAUUCUUGUCAGAGCUCUUGACGGGGGAGCACGUAGAGGAUUUCAUCAUCUUGCCGAACGGGACGGAGCUCCUAGGUUUGAGCUACGAGGACACGAUUCCGGAAGAUGUUCGGUUUUGCAUGCAAGAUUGUCGCGCUGCGCAAGAUUUCGUGAAGAAGCUGCUGCAAAAUCCGGAGAUGUUGGAGAAGUAUCGCGCUGACGUGGAAUACGUGGAUUCCAAGCGUCAGCAGCGAGACACCUUGCGGAAGGAUAAGCUGGACCUGGGGAAGCGGAUCCGCGAAGCACUGAGGAUGGUAGAGGCGGGAGAGGUUGACGCCGAGCUUCUGUAUGUGGCCGAGAUGAGGCGGCACAUAGUGUCUUUGCCAUCUCAACGCGGCGCCAGGGUCGGUUUCUUUGGGGUUAGGCUUUCUUUAGGCGGUUUGGGGUCAGGGGUUUUAGGCUAUUAG